UCAUCUGUAGUUGUCGUUUAUCCCUUAUCGCAAUACGGUCAGACUGCUCAAUCAUUUCGAACAUAUUUUGCAAGAAAAAUUAAACAAAAAGAAGUGGGUAAAUAAGGCUUAAAUGCUAGCCGACUAGUUACUAUGGAUCUGGUGGACAUCGAUCAGGUCCUGGACAAUCUGGAAGCUGAGCUUAAAGCGGACGAGCAGCUGAGCCGCAAUGCAACGGCCGCGGCGGCAACUGUAAGUGUGGGCGGCGAGUCACGCCCCAUGGGCGAUGGCAGCGCGGGCGCAGCCAAAAACUUUGUGGGCGUCUCUCAGGUGUUCAACAGCCUCAACGAUUACCGCAACAAUGUCCAGUCGCUGGCCACGGAGCUGCAGGCGCACGAGAGCUACGACUGGACGGCAGAGGGGCAGGCAGCGCGGGCAGCGCAGCAGGAGGAGCAGCCGCCCGAGCAGGAGGAGUACGAGGAGGAGGAGGAGGAGCUGGCCCGGCACGAGGACAUUAACAAGUUUAGCGAGUCGCAGGCCAAGCAGCUGAAGGAAGCCGCUGAGCUGAACGUCUCGACCGAAUCGCUGACCACCUCCUCCUGUUCUACCUUCUCCUCGGGUCCAUCGCCGGGCGCUGUGAGCAACUCGGACGAACAGGAGCUGAGCACACCGCCCGAAAGCGAAAAGCCCAGCGCUCUAGAACUGCCGCCCAAGGCAAACGGCGAGCCGGCGCCGGAGUCGCAUCCGUCGCAGCAGCAGCAGCAACAGCAACAGGCAUCGGCUGCUGUGGAGGACUUGGCCAUGGGUCUCUCCUCCAUAUCCCUAACCAAUACCAACACAACAGAAUCGCAGUCCAUAUUGCCCUGUGAAGUGACCGCCUCCUCGGCCCUGGACAAGGUGCUCAACGAACUGUCCGAGGAGAGCAGCACGGAGCUGAACACGCAGAGCCAGGCGCGUGCUGCCGCCGACAAGGACAUUGGCACGGACAUUCUGCCAGCGGUGCCUCAGCCGGAGACUUUGACAGCAGCGGAGGAGCAGCAGCAGCAGGAGCAGCUGCAGGCAGAGCAGCAGCAGCCGGAACAGCAGGCGGAGCUGGCGGCCAAGCGCAGUCAGCCGCUGACCUUCUGCUCGACCAUGGAUGAGAUCUCGGACACGGAGCUGGACAGCAUGCUGCAGGAGGUGGAGGUGGAUAUUGAGGUGGAACCAGAGCCAGCUGCUGCCUCCAGCUCCUCCUCCGAAUCCUGCCAGCACCCGAUACACGAAAUGAUUGAGGUCGAUGACGACGACGACGAUGACGAUGAUGAUGACGACGACGACGAGGAUGAUGAUGGCGCCACCGAAUCGCCAGUCACUGAGGAGGAAUCGGUGCGCAUACUCUCCGAGCAGGAGACCAACUCGGCGGACCAAAUGAAUGUGGACAACUUCUCACAGGCAUCCACAGUUGAAUUCGCCGAGCUGCGCGCACACGAGGCGGCGCCAGCCACAGCCGAGGAGCUGCCCUCAUCCUUCAGCAGCACGGCCAGCGAUACGGAUUCGUUGUCCGGUCGCAAACUGGAGGAUGACGAGGAGAGCGUCGGCACGGAUGCCCUGGAAACGCAGGAGCAGCGACCGCAACGACCGCAAACGCUGGAUCUGAACGGCGGCUACCAGACGAAUGCGGGCCAGACGCCGCCGCCGGGCGCCGAGCAGGCGGCGGAUCAGUCAGAGCUGCAGUCGAAUGCUGCAGCGGCGCCAGCAGCUGGCGCCGAGGAUGAGGAUGACGACAGUCCCAUCUAUGAGGCCGUCGGCUACAGUGAUCCGCACGCGAAUCUCGGCAAGGUGCCGCCCAUCUGGGUGCCCGACAACAUGGCCGGCCAGUGCAUGCAGUGCCAGCAGAAGUUCACCAUGAUCAAGCGGCGGCAUCAUUGUCGCGCCUGCGGCAAGGUCCUCUGCUCCGUUUGCUGUUCGCAACGGUUCCAUCUGGAGUUCGCCAAUGAGCCGGAGUCGCGCGUCUGCGUGCAAUGCUUCAUGAUACUCACCGAGCGGCAGGCCAACGGCGGCGUCUCCGAUAUGUAUGCGGGCGCACCGCCGGCUGCGCUGCCGCCGACGCCGAUGCGCUCACCCAAUCCAAAUAAUCCCAUGGAGUAUUGCUCAACUAUACCGCCGCAUCGUCAGGUGGCGGCCGCCGGUGCUCCGCCGCCCAGCGUCAUUGUGCCCGUGGGCGUGCUGAAGAAGACCGACGGCAGCUCGUCGAACUCCAGUUCCGACAGCAAGAAGGGGCGCAAGCGCAAGAGCGUCAUGUUCAGCGAUGGCAUUGCACCCGGCAGCGAGCUGGCCAGCACCAUGGAGCAGCAGUGGGGCGAGGCCAAGCAGGCGCGUCGCGGCCUGAUGCGCAGCAACAGCGGCGCCGGCCAAAAGCCGCCCACGCCCGGCGCCAACAGCAGCGGAGGCGGCAGCGCAAGCAGUAUUGACAAUACCAUGGGUCUGGUGGCGCAGCUAUUCCGUGGCUCCAUACCGCCCAGCGCGGCGGCGGCAACGCUUACAGCGGCCUCAGCGGGCAGCCAAGCGACAAGCGCUGGUCGCAAUACAGCGCAAAGCUCGCCGCGUCGCAAGACGGAACCGCAGCGUUCCCGCAAAUUGCCACCCAGCGAUGCUCAGGGCUGUUUCAUACCCUACGAGGAGCAUGCCCUGCCCCCCAUCUGUGUGAGCAGCAGCGGUAACAGCAACAACAUCUGUGAUGUGGAAUACAAGGAGGUGCGCAACGAUGCGGAUCUUUUAGAGCGUUUACAGCGCGAGACGCUCAAGUUCAUUGUGAAGAACAAUUUCUAUGUGCUGGUCAAGGUGGUCAACAUGAGCUGCUGCAUGAAUCGCUGGGUGCUGAACUUUACCACAUCGGGUCUGCAUCAUGUGGGCAACGAUGAGCUGAUCAUACUGCUGGAAAUCAAGCCGCCGCCUGCAGCUGGCGGUCCGACAGUGCCGCGCGAUAUAUUCCAGCAUCUGUACGAGGUCUAUGUGGAGGCAGAGCAUGCACGUUCCAGCACCCAGGAGCUGGCCUUUACCAGUCCACGCAGCGCCAACUUUCUGGGCUCGCGCGAGCACGGCGGCUUCAUCUACAUUAGGCCGACAUAUCAGUGCCUGCAGGGCGUCAUUGUGCCGGAUAAUCCGUAUCUGGUGGCCGUGCUGAUCCAUCGGCACGAGGUGCCCUGGGCCAAGGUGUUGCCGCUGCGGCUCAUACUUCGCCUGGGCGCACAGUAUCGCUACUAUCCUUGCCCGCUGAUCUCGGUGCGCAAUCGUGAGUCUGUCUAUGGGGAGAUAGCCCAGACGAUUAUCAAUUUUCUGGUGGAUUUUCGCAACUACACGUACUCCCUGCCGGCCAUACGUGGCCUCUACAUACACAUGGAGGAGCGGCAGACGACGGUGAUUAUACCACGCUAUCGCCAAACGGAUGUCAUCAAGGCCAUUAACAAUGCCACGGAUCAUAUACUUGCAUUUGCCGGCAACUUCUCGAAAGUGGCCGACGGUCAUUUGGUUUGCAUGCAGAACAUCAACGAUGAUCGGUCCGAGAUGUAUGCCUAUUCCACGCAGGCGAUCAAUAUACAGGGCCAGCCCAGAAAGAUAACGGGCGCCAGUUUCUUUGUGCUCAACGAGGCGCUCAAGAGCAGCAGCGGCCUGUCUGGCAAGUGCAGCAUUGUCGAGGACGGGCUCAUGGUCCAAAUUAUGCCAGCCAAAAUGGAGGAGGUGCGUCAAGCGCUGCGCAAUCAAACCGACAUCGACAUCGUCUGUGGGCCCAUCGCGGCCAGCGAGGAGCAAAGCGAAAUUGUCAGCAUCAAGUGGGUGGAUAAUGAUCGCGAGAUCAAUGUGGGCGUCAAGUCGCCCAUAGAUGACAAGCCCAUGGAUGGUGUGGCCAAUAUGCGUGUGCAUGCCAGCUUUAACUAUUCCAAUACCAAUUAUGCGAUACGUUUGAGCGAUAUUUUUAUUGUCAAAUGCGAGGAUUGGUAUGCCACAAAUGGCACCAACUAUGCGGACAUCACGCGCAUCGCCGAGCAGCUGGCCAGAAGCGCUUCAAUGGCGCUGUUACCAUUCCUAGAUCUGCUCGCCGCAGCGGGCAUCAAUAAGCUGGCACUGCGAGCCACACUGGACCAGGAGAACGUCGGCUAUGAGGCGGGCGCACGUGGUGCUAAGCUGCCACCGAUUUAUAUGAAUGCGCUCGAUAAUCAUCUGAUAGCCACGCUGCAUGGCGAAUCGUCUGGCAUUCAGGAUCCUAUUAUAUUGGAGCUAGUUUUCUAUAUAUUAAACGCCUAAUAUGCAAUUCUCUCGCUGGAGCCUUAGUGCAAUUGCUGGUACUAGUACUUUAUGGAAACACACCGCCUCCCCCCCCUCCCUUACUACCCGAGUAUGGAACAGAUAAUAAUGCUAUACAAUACAGCUGAAUACUUUCACACAUUUCUAAACAAGCCUCUAGCUACGUAAGCCUAUAAAGUGAUCAUGUGUUGCUCCCCGCCCUCCCCCAGCUUAUCGCAAUACCUAUUCUUCGCCGGCUGCAAUGGGAUCGUUUGAUGGCGCAGUUACUGUGUAUAUAUAUAUAAUUAGUACAUGAUAAAUAUAUAUAUCAUGGGUGUUUUUUUUUUUUUUUUUGGUUUUUAUUCCCCUCCGCCCGCUCUCGCCUAGCGCCCCCUCUCCUUGACGAGCCGACGCAAACAUUUUUGUAAUUUUACAAUGUUUGUAUAAUAAUCUGUGACAGCGUUUGGCAGCCUUUUCACGUUCAAAAGUGUUUUUUUUAUUUUUCUCAAUCUUGUAUUGUAAAAUCAAAACAUAUUUGUAUAUGAUGUGCUUUAUUAUAUUCCUGUAUAUUUUCGAUUUGAAUAUAAAUAACGACUAUAUAUAACUGUUAAAA